AUGAACGAUACUCUUGGGUCACCAGCCACCGAGGGGAGGAUCUUGUUUGGCUUCCUCCAGACCCCUCCAACACAGUCCUCCAGACCCCUCCAACACAGUCCUCCAGACCCCUCCAACACAGAUCCUACAGACCCUCCAACACAGUCCUCCAGACCCUCCAACACAGUCCUCCAGACCUCCUCCAAACACAGUCCCCAGACCCCUCCAACACAGUCCCCAGACCCUCCAACACAGUCCCCCAGACCCCCACACAGUCCCCCAGACCCAGCCCCCACAGUCCCCGAGACCCAGCCCCCAUCCCCCAGACCCUCCCCCUACACAGUCCCCAGACCUCCCCCCACACAGUCCCCCAGACCCUCCCCUACACAGUUCCCCAGACCCUCCAACACAGAUCCCCCAGACCCUCCAACACAGUCCCCCAGACCUCCAACACAGUCACCCAGGCCCCCACACAGUUCCCCAGGCCCCCACACAGUUCCCCAAACCCCUCCAACACAGUCCCCCAGACCCCCCACACAGUCCCCCCAGACCCUCCAACACAGUCCCCCAGGCCCCCCACACAGUCCUCCAGACCCCUCCCCCACACAGUCCCCAGACCUCCCCUACACAGUCCCCACAGACCCUCCAACACACGUCCUCCAGACCUCCAUCACAGUCCCAGACCCACCUCCAACACAGUCCUCCAGGACCCUCCAACACAGUCUUCCCAGACCCCCUCCAACACAGUCCUCCAGACCCUCCAACACAGUCCUCCAGACCCUCCCAACACAGUCCCCCAGACCCCUCAAACACAGUCCCCCAGACCCCUCCAACACAGUCCCCCCAGACCCCCUUACACAGUCCCCCAGACCCAGCCCCUACAGUCCCCGAGACCCAGCCCCUACAGUCCCCCAGACCCUCCCCACACAGUCCCCCAGACCCUCCCCCCACACAGUCCCCAGACCUCCCCCCUACACAGUCCCCCAGACCCUCCAACACAGUCCCCAAGACGCCUCCAACACAGUCCCCAGACCCUCCAACACAGUCCCCCAGACCCUCCCCCACACAGUCCCCCAGGCCCCUACACAGUCCUCCAGACCCUCCCCCCCACACAGUCCCCAGACCCCCCCCACACAGUUCCCCCAGACCCUCCAACACAGUCCCCAGACCCCUCCAACACAGUCCCCAGACCCCUCCAACACAGUCCCCCAGACCCUCCCACCAGUCACCCAGGCACCCCUACACAGUUCCCCAGGCCCCCUACACAGUUCCCCAGACCCUCCAACACAGUCCCCAGACCCUCCCCUACACAGUCCCCAGGCCCCCACACAGUCCCCAGACCCCUCCAACACAGACCCUCCAACACAGUCCCCAGACCCCUCCAACACAGUCCCCAGACCCUCCCCCACACAGUCCCAGGCCCCCCACACAGUUCCCCAGGCCCCCCCACACAGUUCCCCAGGCCCCCCUACACAGUUCCCCAGACCCCUCCAACACAGUCCCCAGACCCCCCACACAGUCCCCCAGGCCCCCACACAGUUCCCCAGGCCCCACACAGUUCCCCAGACCCUCCAACACAGUCCCCCAGGCCCCCUACACAGUCCUCCAAGACCCCCACACAGACCCCCAGGCCCCUACACAGUUCCCCAGGCCCCUACACAGUCCUCCAGACCCUCCAACACAGUUCCCCAGACCCUCCAACACAGUCCUCCAGAUCCCUCCAACACAGUCCUCCAGACCUCCAACACAGUCCCCAGACCCUCCAACACAGUCCCCAGACCCUCCCCCACACAGCUCCCCAGACCCUCCCCUUCACAGUCCCUCAGGCCCCUACACAGUCCUCCAGACCCUCCAACACAGUUCCCAGACCUCCAACACAGUCCUCCAGACCCCUCCAAAACAGUCCUCCAGACCCUACACAGUUCCCCAGACCCCUCCAACACAGUCCUCCAGACCCUCCAACAGUCCUCCAGACCUCCAACACAGUCCCCAGACCCUCCCCUACACAGUCCCCCAGACCCUCCCCCUUCACAGUCCCUCAGGCCCCCCCACACAGUCCUCCAGACCCCUCCAACACAGUUCCCAAGACCCUCCAACACAGUCCUCCAGACCCCUCCAACACAGUUCCCAGACCCCUCCAACACAGUCCCCCAGACCCUCCCCUUCACAGUCCCUCAGGCCCCCCACAGUCCUCCAGACCCACAUAGUCCCCAGAGCCUCCAACACAGUCCCCCAGAGCCCUCAACACACACCCACACCCUCCCCACAAUCUCGAACUAUUAA